AUGGUCAAAGCUACAGGCAGUUCUAACUACAUGGUGGCUGAAAUUGACCGUCUGCUCAGUCUCGUUGAAGAAUUUCUUCCGCUUGGAAAAGAUGAAUGGGAGCGGUUGGCAGGUUUCUACAACGUUACUAGGGUGCGAGGCUGGCAAGAGCGUGAGUACGAAAGCGCGUUAAAAGACGCAAUCGACGAAAAGACAAAUGUGGUCGUCACGGACGACGGAGCGGAUGAAGAGCAGCAAGAUUUUCAACCGGACUUCUCCUUCGAAGUGGAUCCCGACGACGACGACGACGACUUGGUUAGUGCUGGAGAUGCCCCAAGCGGAACGGGUGACGUCGGAGGUUUUGGUCAGAGCGGUACGGCGGGCAUCGAGCAAACCGGCGGGCCUCAAACGCCAAUCGAUGGUAGCUUUCAGGAGAUGCUGGCUUCUGCCCUUGCAGGAGAGAUGCCGGACCCCACCACAGAUACCCCACGUCCUGUGCCAGCGCAGCGAUCUGGUCCAAACACUCGAGCUAGGAUGCGCACAUCCGUCGCCUCAGCUCCUACCGGUAACGUACAGACCCCAAGGAAACCAGCAACCCGAAGCCGCGCAGUCACCGACGGCUAUAAGUACGAGAGAUCCUCUAACCGCCUUGGGGGUACAGACUUAACCGCCAUACGCGACGAAGCUACGGCCAAGCGCACUCCGGACAGCGAGAUGGACGCAUUGGAAGCGAGCUAUGCUAAGUCCAAGCGACUCCGGGCGGUCAAAGCCACCACUGCUCUCAAGACGAAGCUAGAGAUGCUCGAAACAUCGUCCUCUGCGGCGAGUGGGAGUAUGCUCGAGACGAUCUUACUUCUUCGCGAAGAGAAUGAGCGCAAGGCCGAACUCCGCCGCCAAGAAGAAGAUCAGCGACGCCGAGACGAAGCUGCUGCUCGCGAGGCCCGGUAUCAGGCGGAAAAGACGGAGGCGGAAGAGCGCCGUCGCCAGGACAGGCUCGACAAUGAGGAUCGCGCGCGCCGCAACAAGGAGGAAGCGCGCGCCCGCACGCAGGAGCAUGUCUUGUUAAUUGGGACUCUCAUAAAGAAGCCGUGA